AUCAUACCCUUCGGUGAAGUUCACAUAACUACGUACGCCAUGUGUAAGCCAUCUCUCAGCAACAAUCUCACUGUGAAACGUGGAGAGCCAGUCAUGGUUUCGCCGCCUGAAGAGGAAAUCACGAAGAAGAAAGGCGUCUUCCCUCUUUCAAACCUCGACCAGAUUGCAUGUUGGGUACGUUCCAUUUAUGGGUUCAAGUCCGACAAGAGAGGGAAUGAAACGGCCGGCCAAGUGUUCAAAAACGCCUUGCAAAAACUGCUUGUCCACUACUACCCUUUGGCCGGCCGGCUGAUCGUUGUCUCGCAGGGAAAGUUUGCCGUGAGUUGCUACGAACAAGGUGCCGUCUUCGUGGAGGCUGAGGCGGACUUUGCCAUGCAAGAUGUUGAAGAGAUGGUGAAGACCGAUCCUAGCAAGCUCAUGGACUUUGUCUAUGAUGAUGGCAUUUACUCCAACGCCAAGCCUUUGCCACAGUGCCCGCUUCUGGUCGCCCAGGUGACAAAGCUCAAAUGCGGAGGAUUCGUUUUCGGAAUGUGUAUCUGUCACUGCUUGGUUGAUGGUUUCAUAGCAACGGAGGUGGUGAACUCGUGGGCGAGGAUCGCAAGAGGGCUGUCGAUCUCAGUGCUUCCUUGCAUGGACAAGAGCAGUUUGCUACCGCGUAACCCACUAAAGGUUGAGUUCCCUCAUCCAGAAUUUACUGAGAUAGAAAAUAGGACAUCUACCAUCGACGACUUCUCAAAAGAGAACAUGGUGCGUAGGGUUUUUCAUUUUAACCGCAGAUCGUUGAACGAGCUAAAAUCAAAGGCUAUGGAAGGUGGAGUUCUCUCCAAGUGCUCCACUUUUGAAUGCCUUACGACUUUCAUUUGGAGAGCUCGAACCAAGGCGCUGAACAUGUUUGGCGAUCAAGAAACCAAGCUCAUAAUACCGGUGAAUGUGAGGGAGAAAAUGAACCCGCCAUUGCCCAAAGGGUACUUGGGGAAUGGAAUUGCUGGGGCUUGCACGAUUCGGGAAGCUAGGGACUUGAACGACGAGUCAUUUGCAACAACGGUGAAGCUGGUUCAAGAUUCGAUCAAAAUGAUUGGAAAUGCUAGUGUGAGAUCUUGGAUUGAUUGUUAUGAGACGCGCCGAAGUUUGCAUCCCUUGGCUCAUACUAUGAUUGCGACGACUUGGUCCAGGAUUCCCUUUUGCACCAAUGAUUUUGGUUGGGGGGAUGCCAUUCUUAUGGCCCCCAUGGCGUUGCCUUGUGAUGAGAUGGUGAUAUUUUUUCCGGGCAACGGAAAGGAGCGAUACGGAGAUAUGUGUGUUUAUGUGGCUCUGCCGGAAUCGGCUAUGGUAAUCUUUCAAGACCUUGUGAUGGUCUAG